AAGGACUUGAGCGACCAUAUCGACGCGCAACAGAAGGCUCCCUCCCUCUCUCUCUCUGUCUCUCUCUCUCUCUCAAACACACACACAACACCGGACCGUAGAGCGCACAGGAGCAACUUUCACUCGCAUCAUUACGCAUGGCUCUGGCUUUGAGCGAAAGCGCGACACAACCAGCGAAACCACUGGGAUUCUAAGAAAAAUAAAAGACAACAAGAAGAAGAAGAAGCUGAAAAGACGCUGAAAGGAUUUUUUUUUUCAAGAGAUUAUUCCCCUUGUGCCAAUAAUGAUCUCCACAUGCGUAACGGGAUAUCAUCUUCUUGCAGUGUAAUUAUUCAGCUGUAGGUGAAGAUCCGACCCGUUAUCUGACUUCUCAUUUCACACAGAGAUGGAUCUGUGGGGAGUUUAUCUGUUUCAUCUCAUAACUUUGGCUUCUGCCCAGGCAGCACAUACUGACACACACAGCCGUAGAGGAAGGGCCUGGGAUCUCUGCCUUGAAUUUGCAACUGACCAUCUGGCCUUCUAGGACGUUGGCGCUGGUUGGAACUUUUUUCCCCCCCCUCCCAGCGUCCACAUGCCUGUGUUGGAUGUGUUUAGCCGACUUGCUGAACACAGGAUAAGGAGCUUGAUCUCUGUUGGAGGUUAUACUGGCCAGCAGGGACUGCUUGGUGGCUGGAGACUCAUGCUCGAGUGAUGAGACCUGUAGUCCACGUCUGCGGACCCUGCGUCAGUGUGUGGCGGGCAAUGGCAACAUGAAGCUGGGCCCCGGUGCCAGAAGCCAGUGUGCCAAUGCAGUGUCCGCCCUACUGUCCAGCCCCUUGCACGGCUGCCAGUGUAAACGAGGCAUGAAGAAGGAGAAGAACUGCCUGAGCAUCUACUGGAGCCUUCAUCAGUCUACCAUACACGGACUAGACCUGGUGGAGAGUUACCCUUAUGAGACUGUGCAGAGAGAUUACGACUAUGUCCGCUUGGCCUCUAUCACAGCUGACUCUGAUGUUGGCAUGACAACUGUGAAUCGCUGCCUGGAUGCGGCCAAGGCUUGCAACGUGGACGACUUGUGCCAGAAGCUCCGCACAGAAUAUGUCUCAGCUUGUAUCAAACCCACUGCCAAGUCUGGCCUGUGCAACCGACCUAAAUGUAAUAAGGCGCUGCGCAGGUUCUUCGACCGUGUUCCCGCCGAUUACACACACGAGCUGCUCUUCUGCCCCUGUACGGACACAGCAUGCGCAGAGCGUCGGAGGCAGACCAUUGUGCCCAGCUGCUCUUAUGAAAGCCCAGAAAAACCCAACUGCAUCACACAGAUGAGGAUCUGCAAAGCUGACUAUGUCUGCAGGUCUCGUCUGGCACAGUUUCAGUACGACUGCGAACCCUCUGAAACGUCUGCCAAUGGCUGCAAGCAAGGGAACUAUGGAGCCUGUCUCCUCGCCUACACAGGGCUCAUAGGAAGUACAAUAACUCCCAACUAUGUUGACAACUCCACGUCCAGCGUGGCUCCAUGGUGCUCCUGCUCAGCCAGUGGGAGCCAGAGAGAGGACUGUGACAACUUCCUGGGAUCCUUCACCGACAACAUCUGUCUCCGGAAUGCUCUCAUGACGUUUGGAAGCGAAUCAGACCAGCAGCCGACUCUCAACCAGCCCACUACACCCAGCCUCGGCCACAGCAGCAGAGAGAACAGGAGCACCACUUCUCCACCAGAAACCAUAGAAACGAUGAGGAGCCUUCUGGAUACAAUUAUACCAACACAGGCCCUGGGAAAUGAACUGCUACUGGGUCAGUCCACCCUGCCCUCCAACAGCCUCCCAAACUCUGCUUCACCUCCUAGCCUAAUGCUUCAAGCUGCCUUCAGCCUUCUGCUGCUGCUCCUUCAUCUGCUAAACAAUGGACACUAAAGCCUGCAGGGAAGCGUGCAGAGGACCCUCCUAGUACCAAGCAGAUGGGAGGACCAGUGCAGUUCAGAAGAAAAUGGACUGUGUGGAGUUUCUCCUCCCUCUAAAUAUGUACAGCAGUUCUGUUUUUCUAUUUUUGCGUCUCUGUGGUCCAGUUCCACCUGCCGGGGCUCUCACUCAGACUGUGGGAGACUUCUGCAGAUUGAAGCCAGUCUGUACAUUUGUACAUUGUCAUUGCGAUCAAGUCGAGCCAAAAUGAAGUCAGAGUACCGCUUUUAUGGACUAACCCAGCUCUCAGCUAUCCAACUGUAUCAAUUUUCAAGAGUUAUUAUGGAAAUAUAAAGCAGAUAUGUAUGAUACCAAGACAGAAAGUAUGUGGGUACCUGUGAAGAUUUGUAUUAACAACAGAAGCUCUUAUUUGAAAUACUGUAAAAAGGAAAAUGGUUGAAGUAAACGACUGAACUCUGUGUCCGCUCUGAACUCAGUGAGCAAAGUGAGUGGAAAGCUACUGAAGUAUAUGUGGCUUUAAUACCACUCUCCUCAAGUGACUGAAAGACUACCAUUAUUUCUGAUCAAUACUGGAAUAUGGGAGUGACGGAGAGACAAUGGAGCGACAUUUUGCUCAGACAUCCUGGACAAAGGCUAGAGGAGAUGUGGGAAACCACAGUUCAUAACAUCAACCUUGACAUAAUAAUCGUCCUCUCCAUCUGACUCUUACCCUUUGACAAGCUCUUUCACACCACUUUAUUUGUCUUUGCUAAAGCUAUAGAACCUAUUCAUAAAAAAACACAAGUCAUUGGUCUUUAUCAGCAAAGACAUGUUCUUGGAUUUGAAGGGAAAUUAUCAGAAAAGCAGUAACUCUUUACUUGUAGCUGCUGUACAAUGUGUUUGUGAACGUAUUACCCUUUUCUUUCUCAUUGUGUAUGUGAACAUUGUUAUAUGGGGUUCUGAGUUUUUGUGCCAGAGAGGGAAGUGAAUGGUUUGACGUAUUGAGCGUCGCCACCACCAGUGCAGAGCCUGUUUGAGAUUAGACAGUUAUGAAUGAUUCAGUACUUUCUGUUCUGGGAACUUGCCACUGAAUUCUGAAAACGACCAGAGGUGCUGCAAAUAAAAAGUUCUCAGAUCAUUAUGUUUA